AACUCUCCCAAGAGUCCCACUUUCUUUCUUCGUCUCCCUUUUUCUACUUCUUAACCACGACCACUAUGUCCGGAUACGGAGGAGGUUACGCCGGAGGCAACUACCCACGCGGCGGCGGAAGGGGCCGAGGCGGCGACCGCGGCGGCGGAAGGGGCCGAGGCGGCGACCGCGGCGGCGGAAGGGGCCGAGGCGGCGACCGCGGCGGCAGCAGAGGCGGAAGGGGAAGAGGCGGCGGCCGAUGGCAAGAACCAAGGCCAUCGAAUGUCCCCAGCUCUUCACAGUCGCCGGCGGUGGAGGACACGACGCCUAUCCCUGCUUCUCCUCUGAAUCCCGUUCCGGUGUCGAUGCUGGAGAAGCGCUUUCAAGAACUUGUAAGCAUCCAAGAAGAGGAGACCGCUCCUGCCACCGCUCCGGAGUCGAGCAAGAGUUUGCGGCAUCCGCAGAGACCGGGCUUCGGUUCCAUUGGAAGGUCUUCCAUCGUCCACGCCAACCACUUUCUUGUCAACGUAGCCGACAUCGAUUUCCACCAUUAUCAUGUUGACAUAAGUCCUGAGGUUGCAAAGAAGGAAGUCAACAGAGCUGUGAUCUCUGAGCUUGUGACAUUUUAUGGAGAAUCUUUUCCCGGGGGCCGAAAGCCGGCUUACGAUGGGAGGAAGAGCAUGUACACGGCAGGACCUUUGCCUUUCUCCAUGGAGGAUUUUGACAUCAAAUUGACUGACCGGGACGAACAUGGCAACAUCAGGAGGGAGAGGCAGUUUAAUGUUUUGAUCAAGUUUGCUGGACGGCCAGACCUGCACCAUCUGCGAGAGUUUUUGCGAGGACGUUUUGGGGAUGAUGGAAGGGGACCGCAAGAAGUCAUCCAAGCUCUCGAUGUGGUGCUCAGGGUGUAUCCAUCUGAGAAUUAUGUUACUGUGGCAAGGUCUUUCUUCUCUCCAGAAUUUGGGAACCGUAGUCCAAUUGGUGGUGGCUUGGAAUGCUGGAGGGGGUAUUACCAGAGUCUUCGCCCCACUCAGAUGGGAUUAUCUUUGAAUAUUGAUAUUGCUGCAACAUCAUUUUACAUGGAUAUGGAAGUUGUACGCUUCGCAUUGGAAUAUCUUGAAAUCCAGGAUACCAGGAGCCCCCUUUCUUAUUCUAACAUUGAAAAACUAAAUAAGGCCCUUAAGGGGUUGAAGAUUGAGGUUACACAUAGACAAGAUUCACGCCAGCAGUUCAGGAUUAGAGGGAUAACCUCCUUGCCACUGAAAGAGCUCAAGUUUCCUCUUAAUGAUCAGGAAACAAAGAAGCCUGUCCUCGAUUACUUCAGAGAAAAGUACAAUUAUAAACUGAGGCUUGUUUCGUGGCCAUGUCUUCAAGCUGGCAGUGAUAACAAGCCAAUAUAUCUACCCAUGGAGGUCUGCAAAAUAGUGCAAGGACAGAGAUAUUCAAAAAAAUUAAAGGAUGAGCAAGCAACUGCGAUAGGAAGGUCAAUGUGUCACCGCCCUCCUCAAAGGCGGGAUAGAAUCCUAGAGAUGGUGAAAUGCAACAACAAAAUCAGUGAUGAGGAUCGUGUAGAAGGAGACUUUGGGAUCAGUAUUGCCCAAGAUCUUGCCCCAGUUGAAGCCCGUAUUCUGCCAACUCCAGUGCUCAAAUAUCAUGAUUCUGGCGUGGACAAAACUGUUAGGCCGGUGAUGGGUCAGUGGAACAUGAUUAAUAAGAAAAUGGUUACUGCAGCAAGGAUCGACUAUUGGACGUGCAUAGACUUUUCUUCAAGCCAUCUCGAUGCAGCGUCCCAGUUUUGUCGCAGUUUGAUUGAGAUGUGUUCCACCUGUGGGAUGGUAUGCAAUCGCGACCCAAUAAUUGAUAUUCGAGCAGCUCCCUCAGAGACUCUUGUUGAUGCUCUGCGAGAUGUACGAAAAUAUUCUGAUGCAACACUAACUCGUCAAGGCAUUACAGGAAAACAACUUCAGUUGCUAAUAGUAAUUUUACCUGAUGAUAAUAAGAUUUAUGGAAGGAUCAAAAGAAUAUGUGAAACAGAGCUAGGGAUAGUAUCACAAUGCUGCUUACAGAAAAAUAUUUUGAAGCGAAAGCCACAAUAUCUUGGUAAUCUGGCUUUGAAGAUUAACGUUAAGGUUGGAGGACGAAAUACUGUGCUUGAAGAUUCCAUUAAUAUUCGACUUGUUCGAAAUGUUCCUACCAUUAUCUUUGGUGCUGAUGUGUCACAUCCCCCUCCUGGAGAGGAUUCAUCUUCUUCGAUUGCUGCGGUUGUUGCUUCAAUGGAUUGGCCUGAGGUGUCCAAGUACAGAUGUCUAAUCUCUGCACAGCCGCAUCGGCAAGAAAUAAUCCAAGACUUGCAUAAAGAAGAGAUGGACCAUCAAAAGGGUGUAGUGCAUGGAGGAAUGAUUAGGGAACUUCUGGUUGCUUUUCAUCGUACAACAGGCCAGUGGCCACAAUCUAUCAUAUUCUACAGGGAUGGUGUGAGUGAAGGACAGUUCAACCAUGUCCUGCUUCAUGAAUUAAUUGCAAUUCGAAAGGCUUGUUUUUCGUUGGACAAAAAGUAUGUUCCUUGGAUAACAUUCGUGGUAGUACAGAAAAGGCAUCACACACGCUUGUUUCCAGAUGUGCGUGCUAACUCCAAUACAACAGACAGAAGUGGGAAUAUCGCACCUGGGACAGUGGUGGAUAAAAAAAUUUGUCACCCAACAGAGUUUGAUUUUUACCUCUGUAGUCAUGCGGGUAUUCAGGGAACAAGUAGGCCGACUCACUAUCAUGUACUAUGGGAUGAUAAUGGCUUUACAGCUGAUGCAUUGCAGCAGCUGACUUACAACCUAUGUUACACGUAUGCUCGAUGCACUCGGUCCGUUUCAGUGGUUCCUCCUGCAUACUAUGCACAUCUAGCUGCUUUCAGGGCAAGAUUGUACACUCAAGCUGAUGUGCAAGAUGGCGGAUCAACAUCUGCAGGGGCGAGAAAUACCCGGGAAAGGAGGGUUGAUGUGCGACCCCUUCCUAGCAUCAAGGAAAAUGUGAAGGAUGUUAUGUUCUUCUGCUGAAAGACGUGGCAGAUUUCAGCAUGUGAAUAAUUCUCAUUCUUCUCUGGAGACAUUCUUAGACAAAUUUUGAGAGAUUAGCAUUAGAAGUUGUCUAGGUCAUCUAACUUGUUGCUUUGUUAAUCUUUGGUUCCGGCACUAGCGAUGUUGCAACAACUUUUGAAGAGUAGUUGAACCUAGAAUAUCUUUUGCUAUCCCCAUACGCAUAUUUCGAUUAACAUAUUUUAGUUUUACUUUUACGUUAUGAUUGAUGUGUGACUAAGAGAGAAUUUCUCUGAAUCCUCAUCAAAAAGGGAAUUCGCGGGCAUGGUCUGUGCAAUUCCUCUU